AAUGAAACACAGGAAGGAGGGGAAGGCGACACUUACAGCGCGACGCGUCGGCAGUCUGUGCACUGUUCUGGGGGUUGCGGUAGAUGUUUUGUAUCAAAAUGGUCUGCGGAGAAAAUGAGCAGUUAAAAGGGAAAUCAAAUCCGCAUUCGUAGCAACUGUCGGCUGACGUCAUCCUCACCUGGCUGAAGGUCGGUUUGUUGUGCAAUCUUGAGCAGCGAUCGCCAUGUCUGCAAGCUCCGAUUUUGAAAUAGAAGGAACAAUUGACCCUGGAAGGAUUCGCAUGAACAUUUGAUCACUUGCUGUGCAACAGCGAAAGAAUAUUGCACAUCAUUUUCUUCUUCUUCUUGUCUAUUCCCUACACAAAUACAGGGUCCCUGAAAAGUCGCGAUACACUAAACUUCCUUUUUUCGAUUUCUUUUCAGGUAUCAUUCAGACAGACGAGAGGCCAUCAUCACCAUUUAUCAGCUUGGGCUUUGCAGCUUUUGUACGCAUAUGAUCAUUCCCUGGCCAAUGGCUCACCGAUCGGCAAAUUGAUAACACAUGAUCAGGAACUACUUCAGGUCGUGCAAAGGCUUCAAGCGAAAGAUUAUGAUGCUCAACAACGUCAAAAGCUUCGACUUUCCGCCUGUUUUCGGAUUUUGAUGUUUUCAUCAGCGGUGGUAGUCGCGGGUCUUCCGCUGCCGUUCCGAGAAACUUGCCACAGAUCGAGUAAGUAGCACUGUGCGUUGUGACAACGGUCACGAAGCUACUCAAACUGGUGCUGAACUGCAGUCGAGGACAGAAAAACGUCUUGCAACGCCGCUCCAAUCUCCACCGGCGAGGGUAACACGUGCUUACAAAAACUGCAACGCCGUCGAAGGCUGAUGGCCGCACGUCUGUCUGCAUGAUACCUGAAAGGAAAUGGAAAACUGUGUCUUGUGACUUUUGGGACAUGAUGUAGUUUUGAUAUUGUAUAAAGGCAUUGUUUUUAUCGACUUCAUUGUCUCCAAGAUCUGGUUUAGCACAGUCUUUUUUUCUUUAUCUGGUUCUUGGUAGCCCUCGUAUUUCCGUGCGGUCUGUCCUUCGUUUCUUCUCAUCAGAAGUCGAAAGCGCCUCAGUCUACUUUCUUUGAGACUUCAGUUACCUCCCUCGACCCCCUGACCAAUUCAUUUCUCAUUACGUCACUCCAGAGAUCAAUCUCAACAUCUUUAUUCCUGUAAGAUCAAGCUUCUUGAGUGGUGCUGCGUCCAAACGCACAUCACGGCUGGUAUUCUUUUUCUUUUCUUUUUUUAACUGAAUUUUGUGGGGACAGUUCUGUCACAUCAUGAACAUGAUCUCACUUGCGCAUCGUUUCAUUUACACAAUGGCACGACAAGUGUAUAUGAUAGAAGUGCCCAAGACGGCAUAUGUCCGUAUUGUUUGGACUGAAAUAUCUUAGAAAAGUUAAAAUAUUUGUCACAUUGUGAGUAACAGUCACUUUGUUUGAUCGUAAAAUGUUUUAAUACAUAUGUAGAAUAAUAAUACAACUUAGUAGAAUCAAGCCAACGAUUACUGUUUGGUGGUUGGGUGAAGCGAAACGCAGAAGUUCGCUAGCGGUGAAAAGCAAACGUGGCCGUAAAGAUGCGGCCAACUCGUACAAGAUGUGCUUGCGAAGUAUUUCCUAGUGAGGAGAAGCGGCUCCGAAAAUGGAUGGACUUGUGAGCGCCUCGCAGCUGCAGAUUUGCGGCCGUGAUUUCCUGUUUCAUUCAUUGCGCUAGCUCCGCUUGUUAGCUCCUCUUGCUAAUAUCAGCUCGACUGUGCCACUCAGUUAAGCCUAACCGCCAUCCACUGAGCUCACCUACCAGUCAGGCUCGGAAACUGUAGUGGCGCUUUUCGAGUAAACCGCCUUUCUCGCUUUAUGAAGAAAAACAGACAGGGAAACCUACUUGUCUUUCUCUGUGCCGAAAAUGGACGCCAGGUACUCCGCCAUUUUCGGCUCGUCGGAGACGUACGGAAUACGUCAUUACGUACAGACCUACGUCACUACGUAAACCCUCGGUCAUCAAACGGACAUUAAGCAAUAACACUCGUGACCACACCGAGGCGCUGUUGUUCCAAAAUACCACGUCCAGUUACUCUCGUGAGCGUGUGGUUGAAAUUUGAACGUGCAUGUGACUUUUCACUCAAUUGCACAUAACAUUGCAAAGCCAGAUCAGACAGAGGAAGUUGUGCUUGUGUGUUUGUGUAACCAAAUGACAAACUUGCUGCAAGGAGAAGAUGAGGAGUGUUGCCUUCAACCAUGAAGCACUGCUGGUGUGUGCUGCUUGCGUCCGUCUUGGCAGUGCUGCGUCUUACUUCAAGCGUCAGCUGUACUCUGGCUUCCUCCCAACUUGCCAAAACAACAAAUGUUGUGAAUGCUUGUUGUUUGUUUGUGCAGCGCGAUUGGCUGGUGACCAGUCCAGGGUGUACUUCCGCACCUCACUUAUCCCAAACGAGGACAAGCGCGACAGAGAAUGUCAACUUGUCAAAGCGCUUCAAAUCAAGCUGAAAAGCUUCAAUUGUGUCUGAAUUAUUUGUUCAGACUCACUGCGGUGGUGUGUACAGGCAAAACCAUGAACGUGUCCCUUGUCCAAAUAGUGGACUACAGUUCCUGAUAGGAGGCCUGCAAAAAUUCUCUAUGGAGGUCUGAAAGUGCUGUGGGCCAUAUUUACACGCGUCUUCUAAAUGUAUGUUUGUGUGCUUCUCAUCCCCUCUGUCCAGACGGAGAAGACUGCCUGCAAAUCAUGCAGCACAAAAGCGAUCGCAACGUUCCCGUCGGGGGAAGCGUCAAGAUUAAUUGCACAUACCGGUAUAUGAAUUGCUCUAAUCCAUCGUACGUCUCCUGGUAUAAAUUGGAAAGCAACAUUUUUGUGCCAGUGACCAAUGACUCUCGCACUAACGUGAAAUCGGUCCACGUGAGCAACUCGGAUACCAUGUUGUUACUAAGCUUCACAAAUAUACAAGUAAGCAAUGCGGGUUUCUAUCGGUGUCAAAGUGGACUCACCUUAGGACAGAACAUCAAAGUGUCCGUGUAUGAUAACCACGUGACGACCAACAUCUCGCUGAGGAACGAAACUCCCAUGACAGCGGACGUGCGAUGGAUGUACGCGUACUCCGCCGUAGGCACGAUGGCGUUUGUCAUCGUCGUCGUUUGCAUUUCGGUCAUUUCCAUGCAGCGGUGUAAAGGCAACUCGGAGAGGGAGACGCAAAGUGACAAUCAACACUUGUCUCUGCUAAAGCAGCCGGCGAGUGCCGAAACCUCCUCCGGCAGCUUCAUGUCCAGCAGGAUGACGUCCAAGGAGGAAAAGCCUUCAGAAAGGAGGACAGAGAAAGACGCGAGCUCCGUCGUGUACACCGCACUCCAUCACCAGCUGCCCGCCGGUGCCCCCGUGCCACCGAGGCGGCCCAAAGAGGAAAGUUCCGAGUACGCAGACAUUCGAGUAUGAUGCCACGCGCGGCUGCCGGCGGAAGAUCAGCAGCUUUCGCCCACGGUCGUGCCGGUGAACUGACUACUUUCACAUGAGACUGAAACCAGCAGCUUCCUCUUUCCUUUGUAGGAAGGAGAUGUGACCUUCAGGGGUUAUUUUUUUUAUGUAUUUUAUUUAUUUUAUUUUUUUGAAAGAAAAAUUCAAAAGGUAGUGACACAUCCAAAAAGUUUGUAUAAGCGGAAGGUGCACACAUUCACGUGGGCGUGCUGCGGUUUAUGAAAGUUGUCACCACAGCACCUGCAUCAUCUGCUCUGUGCACCGUAGCACUCUCAAAAGAGCCGCUAACGUUUCUCAUCCAUCCCUUGAACAUGAAACGGGUGGUUCCUCCUCGUGCUGGAAGUCGAACAUUGACCAUAUCGCACUACAUCGCACUUAAUUGGCUUUGACAGGAGAAAUAGGGAUUGAACAAUGACUUCAGAGACAUUUCAAAGCACAAAGGGACCUUCUCCAAUGAGCUUGUCAAUUUUGUUGUUAAUUCAGUCAGUUGAAGCUUUUGUUUUGCUUUAAGCAGAAGAAAAUGGGAGUGCUUAAUAAAUAAAUAAAACUAAAUACAUUUUCAUGUUGAUAAAACGUCGAGCAACAGUUCGAGCUCCUUGUUGGCAGGUGACAGUUUAUUGGAUUUUGUGUCUAAUUUCACGCCGGAUGACACUUUAAAAAUAUAUUUCAGCUAAUUUCUCGACAUGCGCAAAUGACAAAACCAUCAAUAUAUUUGCUGUUAUCUUAAAAGGCCCUGUAAAGUAAAAAAAAAAAAUCUUGUAAAUUUGAAACACCAAUGUUAACAAGCGUGCCAAAUUUGAAUGAAUAAUAAAAAAGAAAGUAUAUACUGUAAAAGGAAGCUCCAAAAUUGUGAAAAUGAGGCACCUCCUCCCAGCUCUAUGACACUCAUUUUUCAACUGUCAAUCAAAUAGGUUGGUUUGUACAGCAUGUGCUCAAAUGUCCGUUAGCUCGUUAGUUAGUUAGCAACAGGCUGCAUAACGUGCUACUGUGUUUAAUAAACAGUUAGCUUUC